AUGCGCAUGCGGGAGUUGAUACCAGAGAAAACUUUGAAACAACUCCGGGACAAAAGGGCCCAAAAAUGCUACAAAGAACGGCGUGAAAGGUACCUCGCAGAAAGAGGGAUCACAGCGAGCGCUAGUACUGAUGAUGACAGUACAGAACCAGUAUCCACAGACACAGGGGAUGGUAGAGCUACCGUCCCCCAAGAAGAAGCGCCCGAAACCAACAGCUGCGAGGAAGCGGGAGUAGGGGGUGGCUCCCCUAUCCCAGUCCCGGAGCUACUCGACGUAUCAGCAGUAGCUGCCAUUGCAGGGGGUGAAAAUAACGUUAAUAAUAUCACCCCCACCGCCGAAAACAUAAGUCCGACUCAGACGCCUGACAUGUCAGAGAGGGUACUGAAUGUCAGUGAAGAUGAGUUGGUAUCGCCAGCAGCUUCUCCAGAAGAGACACUUUGGAGACAGGAUGUUGCUCAGACUGCCCGUAGCUGCAAGUUGACUCGAGCGGCACAGCAACAUCUGGAGGUGAACACGGUCACCCAGCUGCUUAGAAAUGCAAUCUCCGAGGCUUGCGAUUUGCCUAUGGGGCAGCCCCAAUCGCAAAUAGAUACUUUACAUGAUAGAGUCACCGCUCUCUUCGUCAGCGAGGAGCGGGGAGUUGCAGGGCGACGAAAGGGAAGGCGUAGAGGACAAAAUAAGAGGGGUAACAGACGGUACCUCUACGCCCGUACCCAGGAUAUUUACAAAAAAGAGCCAGGCAUUCUUGCCAAGCACGUCCGUAACAACGUGGACUGGCUGGAGGAACCAGGGGUAAAAGCUCCAGCCCAAGACGUGCGGGACCUGUACAAAAAGCUUUGGGGCACAAAUCCGUCGGAAGUACAGGUGCCCUUCCUGGGAGAGCCCUCCGAACCGGCACUUGGGUUAGGUACUGUGCUAACCGCCGUGACGGCGAAAGAGGUGAAUACGCGUCUCUCUCGGAUGAAAAUGUCCACAGCACCGGGUCCCGAUGGUAUUAAAAAGGGAGACAUUAAACGCGUUCCUGGUGCAAACGAAGUCCUCCAGUUAUUUUUCAAUUUAAUCAUGAUAAGCGGUAAGAUUCCUACCGCCUGGAGGAAGAACCGAACUACUUUGAUCCCUAAAGAGGGUAAGGACGGUAUGUUAGCUGAAAACUACCGUCCAAUUACAAUCUCUUCUUUAAUGUCGAGAAUUUACUUUGGCAUUAUUGACAGCAAACUUAGGGCAAAAGCACGGUUCUCACCCAGACAAAAGGGCUUCAUGAACGAAUCUGGGUGCUUCAACAACAUCCACAUCCUCAAUGAGCUGCUGAGGCACUCAAAAGCCAAGAAUGGCCUGGUCGUAACGCAGCUGGACGUGUCCAAAGCAUUUGAUACCGUGCCGCACCAAGCUAUAGGACACGCGUUACGUCGCAAAGGUUUUCCCGAACAGGUGAUAUCGUCCUUAGCAUUUGCCGACGAUCUGCUCCUAGUCGCGCAAACAGUACCACAUGCUAAGGACCAGUUAAGUAGCACGGAAGCAUACCUAUCGAGUCUAGGUAUGAAGAUUGCUGCCAAUAAAUGCCGCACCUUCCGUGUAAACCGUACCAAAGACUCCUGGUACUUAACUGACCCAGGCCUCGAACUCGACAGUGGAGAAGUGAUACCGGUAGCGGGGGCCGGCGAUCACCUUGUCUACCUUGGAUGCAAGUUGUCUCCCUGGGUUGGGGUCACAACCGAGGGCAUACGAGCCGACCUUGCUUCAACUCUUAGUCGUGUGCAACGACUGAAGUUGAAACCGCAUCAAAAGGUAGACUUAAUCUCUACUUACAUUGUUCCUCAUUACCUGUAUCAGUUGUCCAUAGCGAUGCCGGCUAUGACACAGAUAAAACUGAUGGACCAGGAGCUACGGGUAGUGGUGAAGAAUAUUCUUCACCUGCCGCAGGCAACAACGAACGCCUUACUAUACUGCGGUAAGAGGGACGGGGGACUUGCGAUCCCGAGGUUGGAGUGGCUCGCCACCUCAUCAGCCCUAAAAGCCGGCUUAAAGUUCGUGGACAACCCCGACCCGGCAAUGCAAGCUCUUGCCACGGGCACUAAGCUCGAGAGUAGAGUGAGGCGACUCGCUCUCGAUGCCCGGAUAGCUUGGCCAGUUACUGGGGAGCAACUGACCAGCUAUACUAGAACGCAAAAGAAGGCUGAGCUUGCCAGAUGGAAGCGCCUUGGUUCUCAAGGAAAGUCGGCAGCGGCCUUCGCCGACUCCAAGAUCGGAAACGCAUGGCUUAGGGACCCCUCGUUGCUCAAGCCAUGUCGUAUGAUUACAGCCCUCAAGAUGAGAACCAACUCAUGUGCUGACAGGGCGGCCAUGAGCAGAGCGACCAGAAUACCGGAUCCUACAUGCAGGCAAUGUGGUUCGCAAAUUGAGACAUUGGGACACAUAUUGGGGCAAUGUCGUCACACGAAACCACAUAGGAUUCGAAGGCACGAUGAGAUCAAAAACCUCAUCGUGGAAGAACUUAAAAAGAAAGGCCCAGAGGUGGCAAUAACGGUUGAACCGACGGUGGCGGCAACCGGAGGCGGGAAUCUCAAACCUGACCUGGUAAUACAAAGCCGGGGAAGGGUCUUCGUGGUCGAUGUUACAGUCCGCCACGAAGACGGGAAUAAUCUCGCUCAAGGGUUUACAAGCAAAGUAGAAAAAAUAGCCGCUUGCUACCUCAAUUCCAGCAGAGGUGGGCAGCUUGCUCUGCUGAAGUCCUACCAGUCGUGGUAG